AUCGGAAAAUAACAAAUACAUCGACAGGAACGCCAUUGAAUGUUUAACUUGACAUUUUCGUGUAUUAAAAGUUCUGUUUUAGCAAUCAUAUUAUUCACAAUUUGACAAGAUAUCAGUGGAUAAUCAAUUAAAUUAAAUAUCAAGAACAAAAUGGCGCGUGCCCGGUCUCCCACCGCCGAGGGUGAAAAAGACAAUAAAGAGAAAGAUGUUAAAGAGAAGGACGCAAAAGCCGCUACAUCCAAUUCAUCACGCAGAGAGCGGGAACGUAAACGCCGGGGCUCCGCUUCCUCCAGUAGCGACUCCAGCAGAAGCUCAUCGGGCAGCUCGUCGUCACGCAGCAGCUCAGGCUCCAACUCACGUUCUAGCUCGAGUAGCUCAAGCGAUUCCUCCAGUAGCUCUUCCUCAUCGUCGAGCGACUCGGAUCGCAGCGAGAAAACUAGACGUCGUGGAGGUGGAACUAGCGGCGGUGCAGCAGGCGGAAAGGAUACUUCCCGUUCGCCGCGCAGAACUACUAAAUCGCCGCGUCCCAAUAGUAAGGUGCGUAAGGAAUCUGAACGUGAGCGUGAUCGUGAUCGUGUUCAACGCAGUCGCACUCGUUCAAGAGAUCGUGCACGCCGUACUUCCAAUGAUCGUAGCGGCGCAGCAGGCGGUGGCGAGGUGAAUAACGUGAAACGCGAGCGUUCACGCUCAGCUAGCCGCUCACGGUCGCCCCGUCGUCGUGGCGGUGGGCGUGGCACUGUAGAUCGCACACCGCCACCAAAGCGCAGAGAACGCUCGCGCAGUCGCAGCCGCACCCGCUCACGCUCACCCACGCCAAAACCAGUGCGUAUCCAUGUUGGGCGACUUACCCGGAAUGUCACCAAAGAUCAUGUCAUGGAAAUCUUUAGUAGCUUUGGCACAAUCAAGAAUGUGGAAUUCCCAACGGAUCGCUAUCACCCCACUUUCGGACGCGGUAUGGCUUAUAUCGAGUAUGCAACGGCUGAGGACUGUGAGUCGGCCAUGAAGCACAUGGAUGGCGGGCAAAUCGAUGGCCAGGAGAUAACAGUAUCGCCAGUAAUUGUACCCAAGCAGCGACCGCCCAUGCGACGUCCGUCGCCCCAGAUGCGUCGUCCACAGGGCGGACGUUGGCGCUCCCCGCCGCAGUUUAAUCGAUUCAAUAACCGCGGAGGCGGUGGUGGUGGAGGUGGAGGACGACGCAAUUCACCACCUCGGGGUCGUCGUUCGCCGCGUCGUCGUUCCCGUUCACCCAUUCGCCGCCGUCGUCGUAGCAAUAGUUCCGAUAGUUCCCGUUAAAUAGAAUUGAGA